UUCAACCAUCCCCUCUGUGUUCAUCCAGGAGCUGCAGCCCCAGCGCCGUGUCGCUGUCCCUACUGGUCCCCAGUCCCGGAGCUUCGGAUCUCUGAGCUGCGUCGCUGUCCCCACUAGUCCCUAUUAGUCCCGGAGCCGCGGAUCUCUGAGCCGCGUCGCUGUCCCCACUGGUCCCGGUCCCGCGGAUCUCUGCGCGCUCCACUGAUACACGCUUCGUGACCAUACACCGAAUGAUGAGGUCUGCUUUGGGGAACAUCGAGGAGCUCUGCGGCUGUAGAUUCUGACCGGGAAAGGCUCUUCUACACCGGUGUCAAACUCUCAGGUCGCCUGGUUAUCAUCCCCUGGUGAAGACCCCCUGGUUAAGACCCCCUGGUGAUCCCCCCGCCGCUUUACGCAGCAGGCGACCAGCAUCCAACCCAAGGAUACCACUGUACCGCUUUACCAACAUCUGUCCGUGAUUGAAGAUACCAAACAGUGGUCCGUGAUUGAGGAUACUGAUUAGUGGUCCGUGACUUAGGAUACCAAACAGUGGUACGUGACUGAGGAUAACGAACCGCUGUCCGUGACUGAGGAUACUGAGGAUACCGAGCGGUGUCCGUGCUACCAUGUGCAGGCUUCUGCGGUCGUGUUGCUGGUGGAUUUUCCCCCUGAUCUCCUCAGCCUUCUUUCUCUUGGGCGCCGACUGUCACCCAGCUGUGACAGGAAGCACGCCCCAGCCCCCGGGGCCCACGCAGCGGCCUCCAGGGGCCACACAGGGUCCUCCAAGGGCCAUGGCCGCCACCACGCGACGCGUUCGGAGAGCAGCGAGCGAGGAAACCUACUGGGCGUACUCAGGGGCCCAUGGGCCAGACGAGGGAUGGGCAUCAGCCUACCCAGAGUGCAGAGAGAGGAACCAGUCCCCCAUCAACAUCGUCGACCACGAGGCUAAAGCCUCCAUGGAGUACCAGGAGCUGACGCUGGAGGGCUUUGAUGCAGAGUCCUCCAACAAGACCUCUAUGAAGAACACAGGGAAAACAGUGGCCAUCAUGCUGAGGGACGACUACUUUGUCCGAGGCGCCGGGCUGCCCGGGAGGUUCAAGGCGGAGAAGGUGGAGUUCCACUGGGGGCCCAGCAACGCCUCGGAUGGCUCGGAGCACAGCGUCAACGGCCGCCGCUACCCCGUGGAGAUGCAGAUCUACAUGUACAACUCGGACGACUUCGACAGCCUAGCCGCGGCCAUCCGGGAGAAGAGGACGGUGGCCGCCAUGGCCGUGUUCUUCCAGGUCGGCGGGAGGGAUAACCCCGCGGUGGACCCCGUCAUCCACGGGCUGAGGGGCGUGGUCCAUCACGAGAAGGAGACCUUCCUGGAGCCCUUUGUGCUGAAGGAGCUGCUGCCGGCCUCUCUGGGCAGCUACUACCGCUACACGGGCUCCCUGACCACGCCGCCCUGCAGCAAGGUGGUGGAGUGGAUCCUCUUCAGCAGGCCUGUCUACGUCUCCUACAAGCAGCUGGAGGCCUUCUACUCCAUCUUCACCACGGAGCAGCAGGACCACGUCAAGUCGGUGGAGUACCUGCGGAGCAACUUCAGACCCCUGCAGAGCCUUGACCACCGCCACAUCUUCAAGUCGGCUGUGAAGGACGCCUGGUUGCCCGACCUGACGGGCGGCGGCGGCAGUGACCCCUACGGGACCGAGGCCUCCAAAGUGUGCAGCAGCGCUCCCAUCAACAUGAAGGUACGCCACCUGAACUCCAGCGCCCUGGUGGUGCGCUGGGCGCGGCCCGAGACCACCUAUCACCCCCCAAUCCUGCACUUCCUGGUGUCCUACAGCUGGACGACCCACGACGACAGCUAUGAGGAGACACACCUCACCGACGCCCGGCACAAGCUGGAGGCAGUCAUCUCUCCAGUCUCUCCUGAUGUGCUUUACCUGUUCCGGGUUCAGUCCGUUUGCACCAAUGACAUGCGCAGCGACUUCAGCCAAAGCAUGCUCUUCAGAGCCAACACCACCCGGAUCUUCGAGGGCACCCGGAUCGUGAAGACUGGAAUGCCCACCGUCUCCCCGGCUUCCUCCGCCGACAUGGCCCCCAUCUCCUCGGGCUCCUCCACCUGGACCUCGUCGGGGCUGCCCUUCUCCUUCGUCUCCAUGGCGACGGGCAUCGGGCCCUCAUCCAGCGGCAGCCAGGCCACCGUGGCUUCGGUGGUGACCAGCACCCUGCUGGCGGGCCUGGGCUUCAGCGGCGGGGUCAUCUCCUCCUUCCCCAGCUCCGUGUGGCCCACCCGGGCCCCAGCAGCUCCGGCAGGCGGCACCGCCCGUGGCCACGCCUCCGCAUCCUCUGCCUCCUCCUCCACUUCCUCCUCCGCUAGCACCGGCGCUAGCCCGCCGCAAACUUACACGGAGGCUUCAGGUGGCCAGGACCACGCUGCAAGCAGCAGCACGGCAGCCGCGGCCCGGACCAAAGACAGGGGAGACACAGCGGAGGACGGGGAGCAGGCACCCCCUGUUGGUGUGGAGGACCAGGCCACGGUUACAAGCGCAACGUUGGUUGUCGUGGCCACUGCUCCAGAGCGCAAUGCAGGGGCCGAGACAGUGGACUACUCCCUCCCUGAUGUCCGCCCGCUGGCCACGCGGGGCCCCGGCCCGGCCAGGAACAGGAGCCACUGGCCCUUCUCCAUCCACACCGACCGACCCAGCCUGGCCACCCACCAGGCCCGGCCCGGGGGCCCCAGUGGGGGGCUGGCCCGUGUGGAGUGGCUGGCCCCCCUGGCGCUGGUCUCCACCCUGACCCUGCUCUGCCUCUUCCUGAUGCUUGCCGUGCUGGUCUACUGGAGGAUGAAUGCCUUCUGCUCUCUGAUCUGCGUGAAGUACAGACGCUGCUUCCAGACGGCCCACUUCUAUGUGGAGGACAGCAGCUCCCCCCGAGUGGUGCCCAAUGACAGCAUCCCUGUUAUCCCCAUCCCAGACGACAUGGACGCCAUUCCAGUGCAGCACUUCAUGAAGCACGUCUCUGGUCUCUACUCCAACAACCAGCAGGGCUUUGCUGAGGAUUUUGAGGAGGUCCAGCGGUGCACGGCGGAUAUGAAGCUGACCUCAGACCGCUCCAACCACCCCGACAACAGACACAAGAACCGCUACAUCAACAUCAUGGCCUAUGACCACAGCAGGGUGAAGCUGCAGCCGCUGGCAGGGAAGGACUCCAAACACACCGACUACAUCAACGCAAACUACGUGGACGGGUACAAUAAGCCUAAAGCCUACAUUGCUGCCCAGGGUCCUCUGAAGUCCACCUUUGAGGACUUCUGGCGGAUGGUGUGGGAGCAGAACACCGGCAUCAUCGUCAUGAUCACCAACCUAGUGGAGAAGGGCAGAAGGAAGUGUGACCAGUAUUGGCCGUUGGAGAACAGCGAGGAAUACGGCAGUGUGGUGGUGACGCUGAGGAGCACCCGGGUCCACGCCUGCUACACUGUGAGGCGCUUCACCCUGCACAGCUCCGCCCUUAAGAAGGGUGUGAAGGCCAAUUCAAAGGGCCGUUCCCAGUGUGAGAGGACAGUGGUCCAGUACCACUACACCCAGUGGCCGGACAUGGGCGUCCCAGAGUACACCCUACCGGUCCUCACCUUCGUCCGCAGGUCCUCCGCCGACCAGACAGCCGACAUGGGCCCCAUGCUGGUGCACUGCAGUGCGGGUGUGGGCCGGACCGGGACCUACAUCGUAAUGGACAGCAUGCUGCGGCAAAUCAGAGACAAGAGCUCAGUCAACACACUGGCCUUCCUCAAGCACAUCCGCACCCAGCGCAACUACCUGGUUCAGACCGAGGAGCAGUACAUCUUCAUCCACAACGCGCUGAUUGAGGCCAUCCAAGGGAAGGAGACGGAGGUGUGUGGAGGUCUGCUGCACAGCUACGUCACCAGCAUUCUGACCCCCAAUCACAGGGGGCGCACACGGCUGGACAAGCAGUUCAGGUUGAUAACACAGUGUAAUGCCAGGUUCGUGGAAUGUUUCAACGCUCAGAAAGACUGCAACAAGGAGAAAAAUCGCAACUCUUCAGUUGUGCCGUCGGAACGAGCCCGGGUGGGACUGGUCCCUUUGCCCGGUGUCAAAGGCAGUGAUUACAUCAACGCCUCUUACAUAAUGGGGUACUACCGCAGCAACGAGUUCAUCAUUACCCAGCAUCCUUUGCCGCACACCACCAAAGACUUCUGGAGAAUGAUUUGGGACCACAAUGCACAGAUCAUUGUCAUGCUACCGGCAAGUAAUGGACCGGCGGAGGAUCAGUUUGUGUACUGGCCCAGCAGAGAGGAGCCUAUGAACUGUGAGGCCUUCACGGUUACCCUGAUCAGUAAAGACCGCCUGUGUCUGUCCAACGAGGAGCAAAUCAGCAUCCACGACUUCAUCCUGGAGGCCACACAGGACGACUAUGUGUUGGAGGUCCGUCACUUCCAGUGCCCCAAGUGGCCCCGCCCUGACGCCCCCCUCAGCAGCAACUUCGAGCUCCUCAAGGUCAUCCAGGAGCAGGCCGCCACGAGAGACGGGCCCACCAUCGUCCACGAUGAGUGGGGCGCUGUGUCGGCGGGCAUGAUGUGUGCCCUCAGCACCCUGUCCCAGCAGCUGAAGAGCGAGAGUGCUGUGGACGUCUACCAGGUGGCCAAGAUGAUCAACCUCAUGCGGCCCGGCGUCUUCACACACAUCGACCAGUACCAGUUCCUCUACACCGCCCUGCUGAGCCUGGUCAGCACCAAGGAGACCAGCGGCCCGGGUCUGACCCGGGACCUGAACGGAACCAUGGCCUCCAUGUCAGACCAUUCUGACCAGUACGAGAACUUGGAGUCACUGGUCUGAGAGCCACAGGGCAGCAGCACUAACUACAGGGUCCGGAGCCAUGCGCUCGUCUCCCCAGGCCCCCGGGACCGCACCCCCCACCCCACACACACACACACACACACACACACACACACACACACACACACACACACACACACACACACACACGCGCGGACCAGGGAGCACCCACCUUUGUAGUGUCAGGAGGACUAGUGUGGACACCAGACUUUUUGAGGCCUUUUCUGCCAGACUCUUGGUUCAUAUGGAUAUCCUGAUUACUUUUUUACACUGAUGAAAAGUUUUGAUAUUUAUUUUUCUUUCUCUUGCCAUUUUCUGUCUUAACGUUCUACUGAAAAGGGGUUUGCACCUGCAGUUUUUUUUCCAACAGUGGCGACCGCGACGAGAAACACUUGCUGUCUGUUCUUGUGUGCACUAUAUAACGUCAGUGUUACUGCCUAUACUAAAGCUGACCUACUUGGCUUUUUUUCUUCUCCUUUGGUUUUUUAUUUUAACAUUCCAUGGCUAUUGUUGCCCUAAACCAACGGCUUCUGUGAAGAACAUUGUUUUGUCUGCCCCCUACUGGUCUGUUUGUGUAAAGUGACAUUGAAAUGAGGAGACUACUCACGGGCCUCAGCCACUUGAAUGCUGUUCUUUUUCCAAACCAACUCCACUCGGCUCAUGUGACUCAUAUACCACUUAUUUAUCCCACAACAUGAGAGCGUGGUUCAAAUCCCGCAGAGAGAAGUAGUGCUUGCUUUGUACCGUUCCAUUCUUUUUAUUUCUUAGGCUUAUUCUCACUACCCCAAGGCUAACCAUACACACCCAUGUCAACAUACCCAAGUGGUGAAACUGCAACUGUGAACUUUUAUGAUUUCUUUGUAUGAUUUUUAUUAUUAUGAGUUUUAAUAUAUGGAAAUACUGUAUGUAUACAUAUAUAAAUAUAUCCUUAUCAUAAUACGUUUUGUGAUUUUGUACAUGUCCUAUGUGGCCUCCAUCCUUGGACCAGUCAAUCUCUGUUUUUGUUUUGUUUUGGGAACACACGAUGGCCUCCCCUAGCUAAGCUCUUCACUAGCUAGGACGUGGGGGCCCAACUAGGCCCUCGCGUUGGGCUCUGGGGCCCCUUACCCUUGUUUUCUAUGCUGCUAGGCCAUCCAAACUCACAGCCUUGUGUAUACGUCCACACCGCCCACCGACACAGAGACCCCACGCUGACGGCCUCCAUGAGCAGGAAACUCAGAAGAAGAACGGAUGAACCAGCGAUGUGACCAGAAACCCGGGUUCCAUCGUUGUUCUACCUUGAGGAGGAGUGCCAAGUGUUGAGAGUUGGAACAAGAGUGAUCUGGAGUUUCUUCUGUUCUUUCUUUAAGGCUUUUUGUACAUAGCUUCUGUUCCCUUACAUGCUGAUUUAUCCAAGUGUUCGCUCUCUUUGUCUAUCUCUCUCUCUGGCUCUGUCUCU